CAGCAUUAAGGAGAAAGUGAUAAAUAGUUUACAGUAAUUUGCAUAUAGUAACUAACCAUUAAGACAUAGUAAACAGUAAACAUUAAGCCAUGUUAAAAUUACGAGAGCAACAGAGAAAGAGACAAGAAGCAUUAGAAGCUUCCAAAGCCAACUCGCCAUCAUCGACCAAUUCCCAACCUUCAACUAAAGCUAGUGGCGCUCAAGUAUUAUUACAAAAGAAUUUAACAGAAUUAGAAUUACCAAAUAGUACCAAGAUUGAAUUUCCUAAUCCAACUGAUUUCUUUAAUUUUAAUUUAUUUAUUAGUCCAGUUGCUGGAUAUUAUAAAGGAGGUAAAUUUACAUUUACAGUUGCAUUCACACAAAAUUUCCCAUUUGAACCUCCUAAAGUUAAAUGUAUUAAUAAAAUAUAUCAUCCAAAUAUAGAUUUAGAAGGGAAUGUAUGUUUAAAUAUAUUAAGAGAAGAUUGGAAACCAUUUGUAAGUGUUACAUCGAUUGUUAUGGGAUUAAAUCAUUUAUUUUUAGAACCAAAUCCUAAUGAUCCUUUAAAUAAAGAUGCUGCAAAUACUUUUGUUAAAGAUAUAAAUCAAUUUAGACGUGAUGUAUCAUAUACUUUAAAAGGUGGAGUAUUAAAUGGAGAUCGUUAUGAUAAUGUAAUAUCACGUUAUUAACCCCCCUCUUUGUAUUAGUUUAAGUUAACAUAAUGUAUACCU